AUGCGCAACCAGCUGUUGGUCACUGGCAGGACCGCCUCGGGUGAUCCUGCAGGUCUUGCACCAAGCAUGGCAACAGCAUUCGCCGAGCGCAUCGGUGUGCCUGUGGAGUUCAUCCCGUACGACUCUCCCGCAAAGCUGGCAGAUGAUGCCGCAAUGGACAAAUGGGAUGUUGCCAUGAUCGGGGCAGACCCAGCUCGAGCUGCGUAUGUCGACUUCACGGCGCCGUAUUGUCAGAUUGAGGCGACGUACGCGGUGGCUUCCGAUUCAAAAUUUGAAAAUUGCUCGGAAGUGGAUGCGGAAGGCCUUCGAAUUGCAGGAUGUUCUGGGGCCGCCUAUGUGCUGUGGCUAGAGCGAAAUCUCAAACAUGCGAUGUUGGUCAAGGCGGAUGGCCAUGAUGCAACUUACGACAUGUACAAGGCGGACAAGCUGGAUGCCUUGGCUGGGUUGAGGUCAAAACUGACGAAGGAUGCCCCGAAGCUUCCCGGAACUCGAUUGCUCCCGGGGAAAUUCAUGGCAGUGGAGCAGGCUGCCUGCACAAAGAAGGGCCGCAGCCAAGGAUUUGAAGAGCUGCAAAAGUUCAUUGAGGAAGCCAAACAAUCUGGGAUGGUUCUGAAUUUGAUGAAACAGUUUGGUGUCGACACAGAACUCGUCGUUGCUCCGCCUUCUUGA